AUGAAUUCUUUAAUUUAAUAACAUCGAUCAUCAUCAAGUAGAAAUCGUAAUUUUUUGAAUAUUACAACAUCCCAACAACAACUGAGGAUGCAAUCUCCACUUACCUAAAUUGAAAAUAGUUAAAUCAAUUAAAAAGAUCUCAUUCAUAAAUUAGUUUAAACAUUAAGAUUAUAACCAACUUAAAGAAAUAAAGAAAAUAAAAAUAGACAAUAAAAAGCAAGAUCCUAAUUAAAUUCUGGUUAAAAAUAAAGAGUCCUUGAAGAUAGACUAUAUAAAUUAGAAACUGCCAAUUCUCCAACUUUAGGUUCUUAAAAUAGAAGAUUAUUUAACUAAACAUUACCACUUAUAGCCUAACCGAGAUAUAAGAAUUUUAAAAUAAUGCAAUUUUUGGGUAAAGGGCGUUAUAGCAAUGUUCACUUAGCAAUUGAUGAAAAUACUAAUUAUCAUGUGGCUUUAAAAAUAAUGAAGAAGGCUUAAAUUUAAUCAAUGUCCUAAUCUAUUGCCCAAGAAAUUAAAAUUUAAUAUUUACUAAAUCAUCCAAAUAUAGUUAAAUUAUAUACAUUUUUUCAAAAUGGUAUUAAAUUUAUAUUAAUAUUUUAGCUGAUGAAAUAGUUCUUGUUUUGGAAUAUUGUCCAAAUGGAUAAAUACAUAAAAUACUCAAGGGUUUGCCUGAAUGCAGCUUUCCAGAAAAAUUAGCCUCCUCCUACAUUCGUUAAAUUCUAAGUGCUUUGAUUUAUCUACACAGAAAUGGCAUCAUUCAUAGAGACUUAAAACCAGAGAAUAUAUUCUUAUGUUAUGUAUUUAUCCUUUUUUUUAAUAUAGAAUCAAAUAAAAAUUGCUGAUUUCACAUAUUCUGUUUAUUCACCUGAAGAUUAAAGAUAAACAUAAUGUGGAUCUUUGGCUUAUUUAUCUCCUGAGAUAAUAAGAGGUGAGAAUUAUGAUAAGAGUACUGAUAUGUGGUCUCUUGGAGUAUUAGCUUAUGAAUUAUGUUGUGGGGAAACACCCUGGGAAGAUUUAAGAUAGGAUGAAAUGUAAUAAAUGAUAUAAGAUGGAAUUAUUAAUAUGCCUGAUUCAUUUUCUUGUGAACUUAAGGACUUUAUUAGUAAAUUAGUUACAUCUGAUUCGAAAAGUAGAAUGACAGCAAAAUAGGCAAUGACUCAUCCUUGGGUUUAACAAUAGGAAGAAUAGUUAACUUAAUAUGAAUUUAAACUUUGA